AUACAAAAUCCAGUUCGUCUCUCUUUUGUAGGCUACUUAGCGCAGAUUAACACAUGCUUUGUCAAAACAAUAUGGCUAUAUCAGACAUCACAAUUUUCAUCCUUAUGUUUAUCCUUGACUACUCUGCAUGUGAGAGGGGGUUAAUACUUGCAAAACUGGAUGAAGAUAUUUCAAUUACCUGUCCUUGCCCGGCAUCCAUACGGUGUGAGGCUAAAUUCAUUCGCUGGAUGAAAGUCGCUGUGAAUGGCACCGUGAUAAUUAUAAACACCGACUGCAGACAAUCUUGCCGAAUCUCUCAGAAAAUAGUCAACUCCCAAAUUGAGUUGACUAUUACCCGGGCGACGAGAGAUGAUGAAGGGCGAUAUUACUGUGACAUGAACACUUUGUGGGUUCUCAAAUUUAGCGGAAAGGGUACAUAUCUUCAAAUUAAAGAGUCUGAGAGCUGGACCAACAGGAGUGAGGUGACUUUGUUAAGAGAAUUGGAGAGAACUACGAUGAAACCAAAUUUGGAUGAGCUUCAACAUGGAUCUCUGCUAUGCUUUGUGACCGGUUUGCUCACUCCAAAUAUCAUCAUCACUUGGCAUUCAACACACACACGGGUGGCAGCCGGUCAGACCUGGGUAUCUGAUACAAUCGAAAGUUUCACUGCUGGAAGCCGGCUACAACUAAAUGUGACCACUGGCGAGAACCUCCACAUCACCCAAAAUGGCAAGGGGCCUGGAGAGGAAUGGUGGUGUGAGGUGCAUUAUGACAACUUCACAGAGAGUGCCAUGUCUUCUCUGGACAAUAAUACAGUUCCAGAGUGGUGUCCUGUUGUGCUGUAUUCAGCCGUGUCACUCGUCCUGCUGUGUGCACUUUGUCUCGUUCUCCUCACCAGUCACUGGGUCCUGCACUCACACAAAGGUGCAGGAGUCGCAGUCACUACGAUCUCAUCUGCUCAGGAUCGCCCUGGCUCAGGAUUGAGAUCACAGCUCACCCAACUUCCCACAUCCACAGGACAACCUACAAACAGUGGUUCGGAAGUGUACAGCAUCCUAAAAUAUCAUUCUCACAAUACUGUGGCUUCAGCUGCCCCUCAAAGUCAUGUGUCAGAUGUGAACAGUGUGACAUACUCUGCCCUGAACUUUCAGCAGCCACCACCAAGACCUGGGAGACGACGCAGAGAGAAAAACAAAGACUGGCACACUGACAUUUACAGUGCACUUAAUUAUCAUGACGUGUGAAUGUUUUUGUAAUUUAAGGUGAUACAAUGAGAACUAAAAAGGCACAGGACCCUUCUACUGAAGUUCAUCUAGUUAUAGACCACAGGAUGCUCUGCAAGCUUUACAAUUUCACUCUCACUUCAAGUGAUUGCUUUAAAGUCAAUAUUCUGGAUGAUAUUUCCCAUUGUUUACUUUAAACAUAAUCCCAUAAAACAUCAUUUUUCUAUUUAAAAGUUCUGUUAAUUCAUCAUUUUUUUUUUAAAUCUGUAGUCAAAUGAAUGACAGAGUUUUCACUGAGGAUGCAAAUAAAUAUGUGAA